UAAAAACAUUAGUUGACUAGGCUCAAAUCAAAUGAAGUUAUCUUUUAGGUUACAUACUUGAAUUCUGAUGUUAUUCUAAAAGAAAACAUGUUUUUCCAUUUAAGCUACAUCAAAAUUACUUUUUCAUAACAAAAGUAUUAUUUUUUUUCACAUUUGGAAUAAAAAAGGCUAGCUUGCCUAUUGCAAUGGAAAAUUUUGAAGUGUGGGAAGAUCUAACAGGAAUUGAAGCAGAUCCACCGGAAAAGCGAGAAAAAUGUGAGCAUUGCAAACGCCCAAAAAUUGUUUGUUGGUGUUGUUCUUUACCAUCACCGCCUUUGUCUCCAAAAUCUCAAAUAAUAAUUUUACAACAUCCAGCAGAAGAAAAACGUUGCUUGAGAACAUCUACAAUGCUACAAUUGGGUCUCAUCGAAGGGAAAUGCUUAAUUUUCAAAGGGAAAAAGUUUCCCCAACCACCUUUAUCACAGCAUUUUGACGGCGACAUUGAAAAAUAUCUUAUUUCGCCUAAAUCUUUGUUACUCUACCCUAGUAAAUAUUCAGUACCCUUAGAAGAAAUAAAUCCUGAUGAUGGACCAUUUAAUUUAAUAUUAAUUGACGGAACAUGGCCACAAGCGAAAGCAAUUUAUUCAAGUAGUCCACAUUUGCACAAGAUGAAGCAAGUAAAACUAAUUUCUUGCGAUAUAAGUAGAUACAUAAUAAGAACUCAACCUACCGAAGGUUGCCUCAGUACUCUUGAAACUGCUGCUGAAUCACUCUCAAUCUUAGAAAGGGAUAAUAUAUAUAAGGAUAAAUUGGUCGAACCUUUAAACAAAUUAUGCCAAUAUCAAAUACAAAAUGGAGCUGUGGAACAUCAAUCUAAAGAAUUUCUUUUGAAAAAUAAUAAAUAUCCGAAACUAAUUGGUAAACGAUUAAAUAAAUUACUAAAAACGGCAGAGAUUAUUAGAAAUGGAGACAUGAAUUCGAAUGAGAAUCCAAAUUUUUAUACAAAUAAAAGUGAUAACAAAAUUUAAAAACGUGUGUUGAUAAUUCAAUUAGCUAUAAAUGGUAAACGAUCACUCACUC